AUGUCCAUCAAGCAGGAGAUCGAGACCUGGGUGCAAGCCCUGGAUCACUACGAUAACCAAGAAUACGAUGAAGCUCUUCAGGUCUUCAGUGCCAUCGCCGAAACCUCCAAGAUUCUUUUCAACUGUGGAGUCAUUUACGCCACCCUGGGAGAGCAUGAUAAAGCAGUUGAGUGCUACCAGCGAGCAAUCGGGCUAGACCAAUACCUGGCCAUCGCAUAUUUUCAAGAGGGUGUAUCAAACUUCCUGCUCGGGGAUUUCGAGGAAGCAUUGGCCAACUUCAACGACACCCUAUUGUACCUUCGAGGUAAUACUUCCAUUGACUACGAGCAGCUGGGGCUCAAAUUCCGCCUUUACUCCUGUGAAGUGCUGUUCAACCGCGGUCUGUGCUAUAUCUACCUGCAGCAGAUGGGGCCGGGCCUCCAGGAUCUCGACUACGCUGCCAAGGAAAAGGUAACGCCAGACCACGAUGUUAUCAAUGAUGCAAUCAAGGAACGAGCACAGGGCUAUACGGUCUUCUCGAUUCCCGUAGGGGUGGUCUACCGGCCCAAUGAGGCCAAGGUCAAGAACCUGAAGUCCAAAGACUACCUGGGUAAGGCCCGGCUGAUUGCCGCGACAGGCGAGCGCAACGGCGUUCCGUCCGGCCCGCUGAACCUGGAGAUCCCCCGGGCCCAGUCGGUGCUGGAUCAUCGUCAUCCGGAGCACCUCCCGUUCGCCACCUCGCAUCUGGUGCACAAGAACCUGCCCAGCCGGAGCCGUCAGCACUCUGAACCGCCUCUGAACCGUAAUCUCUUCCCUCCUACUCCCCCGCCGGACGCAGACAAGGCGAGUACCAACAGCUCCACAGGAAGUCUCGGGACCCCCGGUCGACCGGGAUCCGUUCGCGCCGCACCGCCUCCGCGGCUCGACCUGAACCAGGCCCCCGGGCGAGACACUGUCCUCAGUGAGAAGCCGCGGAUCGGCACAACCCGGACGGCAUCCGAGCCGCGCAGAACAGCAGCGGCAUCGUCAGGACGAGCCGGCGCUCGCGACGAGCAGUCGUCGCGCGGACGAGAAAUGCGCGGCCAUCGCCGCGGGGUCAGUGACACCGGGUCUGCGUCGUCAUCGGUGGGCGGCUGCUCGGAGGGGAACUACUCGGGCACGCGGUCCAUGCCCAUAGGGACGGGCUGGCACAGACAACGGGAACGGUACAUCGACGAAGAGGAGGAGUAUGUCAGUGGGUCCGGAUCAGCGGAAGGCAACGACUUCGAGCUCGUAGACGGUGGACGCUCGCCGCAGCCCCAGUCCCGGCGAGGAACAUCGCGCGCCCGGCGCCCCGAGGUGCGCAAGUUCCGCGUCAAGACGCAUGCCCACGAGGACACGCGGUACAUCAUGAUCGAACCGGUGAUCGGCUUUGCCGACUUUGAGCGGCGCAUUCGGGACAAGUUCGGGUUCCGGACGUUGUUGAAGAUCCGCAUGCAGGACGACGGCGACAUGAUUACCAUGGUUGAUCAAGAGGAUUUGGACCUGCUGAUGAGCUCUGCGCGCGAGAUGGCGCAGCGGGAGGGCAGUGAGUUGGGAAAGAUGGAGAUCUGGGUUGAGGAGCGAGGCGUGAUAUGA